AUGAAUCCUGUAGAAGAUAACCAAUCUGGUUACGUGACUGGUUGGGGAGUUACUAAAGAAGGUGGAUCGGUAUCUAGUAAGCUUCGACAAGUGAUGGUGCCGUUUCUGAGUCCAAAGGAAUGUGAAAUUGAGUACAAAGGUGAAAUCGACGGGACGAUGGUUUGCGCAGGUCGAAAGGACAUCGACAGUUGCCAGGGAGACUCCGGUGGUCCUUUGGUCAUGAAACACAACGAUUCAAACCGAUGGUACCAAGCAGGAAUAGUGAGUUGGGGACGAGGAUGUGGUGAAGCUGGACACGCAGGUGUUUACUCACGACCUGCCGCCUACUGCGACUUUAUCGAGAAGUACGCCGGCAAAAAUAUAUGUGUCGAUUAA